CCGUAAUGGGAACCCACAAGUUUAUAUCUGAGAAAGAAUUUCAAGAUAGACAAGCCCGUGAUGAAACUAACGAUAAUGGUACAUUAUAUCAACAAAAUGAUACUAUUGAUACUAUUAAGAUGAAACUUCAAGAUAAAGAAGGUAUUCCGCCAGAUCAACAGAGAUUAAUUUUUGCUGGGAAACAAUUAGAGGAUGGUGGAUGUAUAAUUAGUUACUUAAGUGUGAGAACUUUGGACCCACCAUAUGACUACGAUUUUACAAAUAUUAAUGAUCUAGGUGUGACAUUUGUGCGAGGAAAUAUACAAUAUAAAAGACCAUGUGGAUGGAAACGGAUCGCUUUAAAGGUUACUGGAAAGUAUGAUAAUGGAGAUAAUAAAUGGCUUGAUGGUUAUGAUUUAAGCAAAGGAAUUAGAUUCGCUUAUGGGCGUGGAAUUUAUUCAACACCUGACGUACAUAUAGCUGAACAAUAUGCGACGAAGUUUGUAUUUGAAGGAAAUACAUAUGUGAUGAUAUUUCAGAAACGAGUAAAUCCUGCUAGUUUAAGAAGAAUUCCUGUUGGAAAUGGCGAGUAUUGGGUUUCAGAAAAAGGCGAAGAUGUCAGACCGUAUGGAAUUUGUAUUAAAAGAAAGUAA